CUGGGCUUAUCCCCUCCUCCGUCUGCGCCGUACGAUAGAUACUCCUACAAUACUCCUACUCGUCCUCCGAGAUUGUUCACUGGGAGGAUCUAACGACGAUAUGAUGGCGCCCUGACUUCGCAACUACUAGACUAUCAACUAAACCUUCUGUGUUGUCCGGAGACCAGUAUCGUAGCCUUACUAGCCCGUCGCAAACAUGCGCUUCUUGGGUCCCCCUUCGCCUCGUGUAGCAGCACUGAGCCUGGCCUUCCAGUGGCUCUGCAAUGCUGAGGAAGUCCGCACAAGUUGCGCAUCCGAUGCUUUCACCUCCAGCAAACAAUCACCUCACUACUACCUGAACAGAUCGAUCGACGAGAACCUCUCGUGUCUACCACCACUGGACCCCGUAACCACCAUCACUCCUGAUCUGUACUUCGCAAAUAUACCAUGCCUGGACUGUCCCGUCGUUCUGACAGGACCCAAAGGGGAGACAUAUGAAUCUGUCACAAGGAACUCGCUGUUGUACAAUAUCUCCUUGUCGAACGACCGAUCCCAACUACUUCUAAAUGACGUGCCCGUAUUUCCCGCCCUUGCCUCUCCAUCGAAAUAUCUAAGGCUACCCCCUGUAUUCGUGAGCCAAAUAUCCCCGGGAUAUGCAAGGGAGGAUCUGGACAAGGCGAUUGCAUGCACAGACGAAGCGCUCUUAGAUUCGUCUAGCCCAGCACAUCUGCACUCGAUGUGUCAACAUCCCAAAUUCAGCAUCCUGCAAGUCGACUAUGACUACAGCGCAUUCGAGUUACCUGGGGACAAUGGAAGACUGAAAUGGAAAAUUGGGUUCGACAAUAUUGGGAGGAAGGUGCCGGAUGGUCCUGGUUACUGGACAUUCAAUCACACAGACCAAAAGAUGGUUGAAGUUAUUCUGUCAGGCAUCGAGAUCGAGCGCGAGAUAUCGAACUCGGAUGUACAGGCCGGAUCCACACUGUUCGGCCAAGCUGGCCAGAAGAAAGAUGUCAAGUACAAACUGAAAGUUGAGAAGGUGGAUCUUGUGCCCCGGCAGUACAAAUUCCUUCCUCCCCCUCCAUCGACUCUUUGGACAAAGAUACGACACUUUUUUGGCUUCGACCCUGCGCCUCCCAAGGGCCACAUUGUAUAUCUCAGAGACGAAUGGGCCGAUUAUGGCAAAAAGAACACCCUGAAGAAUGCGUUCGGUGUUUUUAUCUACGAUUGGCCAUGGGCAACUGUACUUCUGGUCAUUGGUUGUAUCAUCGCGUCGUUACUCGUGUUGUAUGGUGCCUACCGGCUCGUCUUGGUUGCCAUAGAGCAGCGAAGACUAGCGCAGUGGGGAGGCAUGGACGAAGUUUGGCAGCGCAUGCGCGACGUGGGUAAUGAGGAAGACGGACUGCUCGAAGAUGCAUAUCAGGAUGAUCCUGACGAUCCGCCUCGAUAUACAGACGAGGUCCAGGUCAACAAGCCGCUGCCGAGCAAACCUUUACCUGAGAAACCACUGCCAGCAGUACCACUUAUUGACCAUUCAUGAACACUAGAAAUAGUAGAGCUAUGCGGCUCGAUUGGUUUUUCCGUACAUAGACCUUGGAUAUCUCUCUUCUCCAAUGAAGCAUUCCGUGUCCAUGCU